AUGGCAGAUGAGAUAGUAUCGACGACCGCGAGAGCAAACCAUAAUGGCGGUGCUGGCGCUCGAGGCGCCGCUACGUCUGGCAGUGAUGCUACUCCCAUCGUUGAGAAGCCCGUACCGCCGCCCGCUCAUAAAUCCCGACAUUCAACGUGGACGAAGGACAUGAGCGACUUCCAGUCCUCCGGCACCCCGAGCUCCGUAAAUGGCACAAACAGACACAGCAAGAUGAUGGAACUCCAUACCUCGGUCGAUCUGGGAGACUACUUUGUUGGCCCGCGAAACAUGGAUAGCCACUCCAAGCUACCCUACUUCAUGCGCCUUCAUGGCUCGGUCACGCCUCGGAUGCUCCUACCGCUGGCUCUCGUGGCCGGCUGGUCCACAGCAAUCACCUGCAUCUCGAAAUUCGUCUAUCCCCUCAUGGUCAACUCCGUCCUUCUCACCGUAUUGGGUUUCGUCGUGGGUCUCGCUCUCUCCUUUCGCAGCACCACCGCCUACGAGCGUUACACCGAGGGUCGCAAGGCCUGGGCAACCCUCGCCGUGCACGCCCGCCACCUCGCCCGCAGCAUCUGGGUGCACAUUGAUGAGCGUCCUGAACAGGCCAAAGAGGACCUCCUCUCCAAGGUCACUGCCAUAAACCUGAUACUGGCUUUUGCCGUGUCCCUCAAGCACAAGCUCCGGUUCGAGCCCUACGUCCACUACCCAGACAUCCACUCGCUCGUGUCCCACCUGGACACCUUUGCCCUGGCAGCGCACAAGCCGGAAAACACGGUCGAGGAGAAACAUUCCCCGUGGAAAGCAGUGGGUAUCUACCUUGGCAUUUCUUUUGCCGAGUCCAACCCCCGAAAACUGAUCAAGCGCGCCGACCGUCCGCUCGGAAACCUGCCCCUCGAGAUCCUCACCUACAUCUCCUCCUACAUCGAAGAGACCAGCGAGAACGGUACCCUCAAAAGUCCCGUGGUCACCGGCGCACUCCUCAGCACCAUGGAGACGCUCACCGACACCCAGGCUUCCGCCGAACGGGUUCUGACCACGCCCCUGCCCGUCGGAUACAACAUUCUGAUCUCGCAAAUCGUGCUCCUGUACGUGUACCUGCUACCGUUCCAACUGUACUCUACGCUCGGAUGGAUUACGAUACCCGGUACCAUUGCCGCCGCCUACAUCAUCCUCGGUCUCGCGGCCAUUGGAUUCGAGCUCGAGAACCCCUUCGGCAACGACGUUAACGAUCUCCCGCUCGACUCGUACUGCAUGGACCUCGCUAACGAUUUGAACGUGUUGACAUCGGUCCCCGCGCCUCGCUUCAGCGACGUGGUCAGGGGGUGCGGCGGCAACACCGAGAACAAGGUCCUCUGGCCAUUGAGUAACAGCGGCUUCGAUGAUUGGGAGGCUCGCACGGUGCAGGACAUCAGGUCGGCGCUGAAGGCGAAGGUAAUGGCCGCUCGAGGCUGUUGUGAUAACGGGUCAAUGGACGGGGACACGCUCCAAGCCUGA